GAUUCUAAAUAUAUUGCACUUGCUGAGGUACCUAUCUGAUAUAUUGAUAAAAUAUGCACAAAUUAAAAAUUUUAAUUCCACUUGAAAGAUUCAAUUUUAGUUGGUUUUGUUAAAAAUGAUUAAAUAUAGUCAAACUUAGCUGAUGAGUUAAUUUUUUUUUUAUUGAAAAAUAAACAUAAUUUAGACUAUUUGGAGCAAAAUUAACCCAUGAUGAAAUUAUGUCUUAGUUCACGGCACGAUUUAAGAUAUAUAUCUUAAACCACAGAAUAAUUCUGUGCUUAAACCGUGGUGAUAAGCACAAAUGGCCUAUCCAUUCUUAUUAUCUAUACCAUUAUAUCUAUCAUGAUAAGAACUUCCUGAUUAAAAAAUAUAUUAUACAUUUUAUGCAUAAAGCCCCUAAAAUUACGUCGUUAGUCGUUACGACUUCAAGAUACUACUAAACUACCUGAGUGUCUUACUAUUAUCUAACUUAAUGACCUCUGGUCGUACAAACUACAAAUCGAAUCAUUAUCAACUGUUAAAGCCGGACAAACUACAAAUUUUAUUUCAUAAUGAUAUCUGUAAGAUUUAAUAAAUUACUCAGAAAUUGUAGUUCGCUGUAAAAGAAAAACCAAAUCCAUCAUUCUUCGACAGAGAAGCAAACCAAAAUCAAAGUUAAUAAUAUUGAAAUUAAUUAUUUAAAAGUUGGAAAUGGUCCACAGACCUUGUUGUUAUUGCCAGGAGCAUUAGGUUCAAUAUUUACUGAUUUUAAGCCACAAAUUGAAACUUUUAAUCGUGAAAAAUAUACAAUAGUUGCAUGGGAUCCACCAGGUUAUGGUUUAAGUCGACCACCUGACAGAGAUUUUUCACCAGGAUUUUUUUAUCGUGACGCUGACUAUGCCAUUUCACUUAUGAAAUCACUGCAAAUUGAUAAAUAUUCACUACUGGGUUGGAGCGAUGGUGGGAUCACUGCACUUAUAAUGGCAUCAAAAGUUGUUGACAAAGUGGAAAAACUCAUAGUUUGGGGUAGCAAUGCGUAUGUUACUGAAAAAGAUAUUGAAUUAUAUGAGAAAAUACGAGAUGUCCAAAAAUGGUCUCCACGCAUGAGGCAACCGUUUAUUGACCUUUAUGGCGAAAAGUAUUUUUCAGAUACUUGGAAUGCUUGGGUAGAUUCAUUUCAAAUGAUACUGAAAGAAAACGGAGGGGACAUUUGUCAAGAAGCACUGUCUAAAAUCAAUGCACCUACUCUCAUUUUACAUGGGGCUCAAGACCCAAUAGUGCCUAUGGAGCAUCCAGUUAAUUUACACAAAAAAAUUAAAUAUGGAUCGCUUGAAAUUUAUCCGGAAGGUAAACACAAUAUUCAUCUAAGGUAUGCCGAACUGUUCAAUUCAGCGGUAGACGAUUUCCUGGCCGAAGACUUGUAAGAGAUCAAAACUUGUCGAAAUAAUAAUAAACUUAGUUAAAAAAAAAA